AUGGCGCAACACUCAGAAGCAUCAGACCCCGGAAGUAGCCUGCGCUGGGUCCUGUAUGAAGAUGUGUAUUAUGCCGCAAUCGUAGUUCCUGCAGAAGAGGCACCAGUGGAUGUCCCUGCUGAUAAUCAGUUUGUGUACUUCCUCGGUAGUGAAUCCGGCUCUGUUGUUCCCUUAACCGCUGUUGAGCCGUUUGAUAUGAAUAAUCAAGAGCGCAUGAACCACCCAGCCGCUGCUGCCGGUGUCGCGGUUGCUAAGCAACUCAUCAUGGGAACAGGUAGUGGAGAAAACGAAUCUGCAGAUGGUGAUAAUGAGUGGACGGCGAGGCCCAGCAGAGAAAAAAGGACAAAGAAAGGAAAAGAGAGGAAAGCUACUGGAAAAAAGAGAGAUGGUGCUGCCGUUCCCCUCAAGAAAACGAGGAAGAACGCGCGUAUUAUGGAUAACGAGGAUGAUUACACAGCAAGCAGCAGCGACGAAAGAAACAGUGGCACCUCAGAAGGUUCCGAGGAGAGCUCUUUUAGCAGAGAGGAUGAAGAAGAAGAAGAGGGGGUUGGGUUGGGGCACUGGCGAGAAAUCGAGAAAAGUUUGGGUUUCACACCAACAUCCAAAGGGAAGAAAGGGUCCAACGCCACCAAGAACACUUCUCGCCGCGGCUUCUCCUCUCCUUCUGAAAGACGUCCAGGGGAUUAUGUUGGAUUCUUUGACAGCUGCGCCGGGUCUCCUGUAGCCCCCUUUGUUGCUGAAAUAAACUAUUACCACCGCAAAGCAGUCGAUGAGGCUAAAGCUAGUGAUUGUGCUCUCAAUUUACAACAGUCUGCGCUUAUUCGCGCUGUAGAGGCGAGGCUGGUGGCCUUACGGGCAGAAGUUCUGCACCUUAGGCGAUUGAUACGCGACGCAGAAAGUGAGAAUGAGGAGCAGCUAGAAACCGAGGAACUAAAAAAUAUUCGGAAUCGGAUAAAAUUUCUGGAGGAUUCGUUCAGCGUGGAGGAAAUUGUUAAACAGGAACUUCAUAUGGAGAAGAUAACGCCUCCGCAGCACGAACGGAAGCGCAGAAGGGCAGCAACCCAGCUUUUCUCGUUUGUCGAUACCUCUUUUGGCUACUUGUUGGAUGCAGCGUCCGCCACGGCCCUCCCACGCGAGUCGGCGGCUGCUCUGCUGGACGUUUACGGCUCCCAGAAGCGGGAACGGGAACGGUUUGUUGCAUCCAAACAGGGUCUCGGAAAGUUAGGUUUGAGAGCUCCAAAGGCUUCUGUGAUGGAAAACUGGCGGAGGUCCCGUGAGAUGAUUGUUCUCGACCCCAUGAGUGAUAAGCGACCGGUCUCCAGGCGUUUCUCCCAGACACUCAGGAAGGUGGACCAGCGUGCAAGGGAGUGCUACAACGCUGCUUCCCACAAAACAAACGAUAUCAUUCCGAGGCAGCGAAGGCCGACCACCAUAUACAACUUUAACGACCUCAGGUUUGAGAAUGAACGUCACUCAGAAAGUUGUAUGGAAGAUGGCGUUGAUUUGGUUGGUUACAACGCCCUCGGGCUUGGCUUUAAUGUUACUACCGAUACCGCCGUCGCAAUCGACGCGGACGCCGAUAUCCCAGUACUUUCUCCACUCAAAACAAGUUUUGACCCACGUGCGACUUUUAUUAUCGAUGCAAGUGCGACAGCACCCGACUCCCUAGCCGCCCAGCAACAUGGAUACUACAGUGCGCAGUGCAGCCAAACUCUUCGCUUACCGUCACAGGAGUCCUUAUGGGGAAGGAGUGAAGUGCCUGAUGCUGCAGGAUGCGAUGCCACUAUGGCAAGUCAACAUAUGAGGAGCAUUUCACGCACUGGUCGAUCGCUAAGCCGUGCAGGCUCAAUGUCCCGUGCAUCUUCGAGAGCAUCAUCCGUGAUGUGGGAUGCAACUAGCGGCACUUCUAGGAAACACGGCAGAAGUAAUGCAAGUAGUGUAGCCCGCGGCUCGCGAAACGCCGGUGAUUGGAGAAGCUCGGCGAAACGUGUUAUUCUCGAACAAUUAACAUUGUACCUUCGUGGACUUCGCGGUAAACCUGCCGUGUUAAAUAAGGAGGACUUCUCUCACACUGCUAAGGAACUACUUGGGCGGGCUCUUAAAGCAGAGUCAAAACGCAAGGGAAUCUCACUGUCACUUCAGGCAACCAAUCUCCGAGCCACAUUGGAGAAAGAUGUUGAGACUCGCCUGCGCAAAUCUGUGGAUAAUUAUGUCCUUCGCCACUUUGUAAAUAACCAGGUGCCCAACCGCCACAAGAGUGUCGACAUCGACUCUGGCAGCCAUGCGAGCAAGCACCGCAGUGAGACUCGUCGUCGUGAAGAUGAUGGAGAGGAGAAUCGCACCACUAUUAUUAAUGAAGACCGUGAAACUGACUCACCGGUGUACGACCAGUAA